AUGUCUGAUAGAGCUUUUGCAUUAUAUAAUAAUUGCACGGAGAAAUUUAGCUUACAUUUGAAUGAUCCCAAUAACGGACCCGAUAAAGCACCAAAUGCUUUCGUUUUAGAAGUCAAGCAAUUUUCAACGAAAACAGAUUUGUAUGCUUAUUUUCAGACAUUCGGUCCUAUAUAUUCAUUGAAAAUUCAUUCGGAUCCGGCGAAUGGUCGUCCCAGGGGAAGAGCUUAUAUCCAAUAUUUCAAUAAAGCUGACGCUGAACAAGCAUUGGAUAAAAUGGUAUAG